UCGUCAUUUCCAUCCACGGACCACAAGUUCUUCGACACGCACGUUCAGCGACUGUACUUUUUCCCUAAUCUUUAUCCUUUGUAAACUCGUAGAUGGCUACGACUCAGCAUUAUCUGUGGGCUUCCGGCCAUUUUAUCCUGCUGUUGUCAGCUCUUCGAUAUUUCUUUGCCUACGCCACUUUUAAAACCGUUUCUCCAAUCUGGUACAAAGCGUGUUACACUGGUGCACUCCUCAGUUACGCUAUUGUCUGCCAAAAAUCACUAGGAGUUCCUCAGCCUAACAUGGCCUACGUGAGGAAAGCAUUGCUCGACGAGAAUGUGCAAUACUUCAUUCUUGCCUUCUUCUGGUGGACUUCGAAACCCAUUGCUAUCACUUUGAUUCCGUUCAUGAUUUUCUCACUGUUCCACGCCCUCACCUUCACGCGUACGACCUUGAUGCCGCAGUUCCUUCCUCCAGGACCUCCUGCCACUGCGGAUGGACCACCUACCCCUCACCAUUUUGCUAAACAACUUCAGGUUUGGGUGAAAGCCAACUACGAUACUGCCAUGAAAGCCGUCGCGUAUGCUGAGCUUAUCAUCUUUGUGCGCGUCCUUUUCGGCGUUCUUUUGUUCUGGAACUCUAUUUUGUCUCCCAUUAUCUAUGCGCAUUUCCUCCGACAAAGAUGGUAUCAGUCCAGUUUCACUCGGGAUGCCGUUACGUAUACCGUCGUUCGCAUUGACGGGAUCGUGGCUGGCCAGGGGAACCCUACCUUGACCAAUAUCUGGACCCAAGGAAAAGGGCUUGUUGCAAGGUGGGGAGGAAGUACUUUGACACCUGCACAAGGUGCUCGUGCUGCUCGUUAACAGGACAAUAUUUUUUGGUAAAGAAUGCUAUUAUGCCUGUAGAGUUGGAUAUCUGGACGUUAUUUACUGUAAUAGCUUUUUGGGUCACUCCAGUUCAUCACGCAACGAGGCAAA